AUGGAUUCGGAGGCUUCCGACUUCAGCUUCGACGACGAGUCUGAUGGCUACGUCCCCGAGGUGAAAUCAAAAGCCAAACCGGCCGUGAGGAAGCCUGCCGCGCGGCCUAACGUCAAAAAGAUGGUUCAGACAACCCUAAAAACCAAGGCGGUGCCCAAGAAGCGCACCACGCCCGAGAGCGACGAUGACCAGAUGAGCGAUGCAUCGGGCUUCUCGGACAGCCCUCCCAAGUCCAAGAAGCAGAAGAAGGACACUUCAUCCAGCAAGUCUUCAGGUACUCCGUUGACGGAGCCCGAUAACGACACGAUGGAUAUCGACACCCCUGAGAAGCCCAAGACGACCAAGCCCAAGACGGCUACCGAAACAUACCAGAAGCUGAGCCAGCUGGAGCAUAUCAUUAAGCGACCCGAUACCUACAUUGGAUCCGUCGAGAUGACCCAGCAAUCAAUGUGGGUGUACAACAAAGAGACCUCGCUCAUGGAGUACCGCCCCGUCUCCUUCGUUCCUGGUCUUUACAAGAUCUUUGACGAAAUUCUCGUCAACGCAGCCGACAACAAGCAGCGUGACAAAUCCAUGACCUACAUGAAGAUCAACAUUGACCGCGCUACUGGAGUGAUCAGCGUGGAGAACAACGGAAAGGGUAUCCCCAUCGUGAUUCACGAGAAGGAAAAAAUCUACAUCCCUGAGCUUGUAUUCGGCCACCUUUUGGCUGGUUCCAACUUUGAUGAUGACGAGAAGAAGACUGUUGGUGGCCGUAACGGUUACGGUGCCAAGCUCUGUAACGUCUUCAGUACCGAAUUCCAGCUUGAAUGCCAGGACAACGAGCAUGGCAAAAGGUACAAGCAGGUCUGGACCGACAACAUGCAGAAGAUGCAGAAGGCCAAGAUCACCAGCAGCAAAACUGCCGACUUUGUUCGAAUCACCUUCAAGCCAGACUACAAGCGAUUUGGCAUGGAGGAUGGCAUUGAUGAUGAUCUUGAGAGGCUUUUAUACAGGAGAGUCUACGACAUGGCAGGCACUGUCCGGGGCAUCAAGGUGCAUCUGAACGGCGAGGUUCUCAAGUUGAAGGACUUCAAGAGCUACUGCGAUCUCUAUGCCAAGUCCAUCGCAAAGGAGAGGAUGGAUGAAGAGGGCGGCACACCAACCUGCAACGUGGAGAUGGACAAGGACAAGUCACACCCCCGAUGGGAAGUUGGCUUCGCUGUCUCGGAUGGCACAUUUCAGCAAGUUUCCUUCGUCAACUCGAUCGCAACAACAUCCGGAGGUAGCCACGUGGACUACAUCGCGAAUCAAGUCACGGCUUAUCUGCUCAAAGCCCUCAACAAGAAGAAGAAGGGACACACCUUGAAGCAAAGUCACCUCAAAAACCACAUCUUCAUCUUUGUCAACUGUCUGAUCGACAACCCCGCAUUCAACUCGCAAACCAAGGAGCACAUGACGACCAAGACCAGCCAAUUUGGCAGCAAGUGCCAACUUGGUGAAGACUUUCUCAAGAAGGUUGCCAAAUCCGAAGCUAUCCAGAACAUCAUGGACUUUGCGGAGAGAAAGGCAGACAAGAUGUUGGCCAAGAGCGAUGGCAACAAGCGAUCGCGAGUGAGCAACGCAAAGCUGGUUGAGGCCAACUUGGCAGGCACCCGACGAGGCCAUGAGUGCACCCUGAUCUUGACAGAAGGUGACUCUGCCAAGGGUUUGGCCGUUUCUGGACGUGCCAUCCUUGACCCUGACCGCAUCGGUGUAUUCCCGCUCCGUGGAAAGCUGCUCAACGUUCGUGAUGCUAGUGUCGAUCAGAUUACCAAGAAUCAGGAAAUCCAGAACAUCAAGCAGUUCCUGGGUCUGAAGCACAAGCAAGUGUACACAGACACCAAGAGUCUUCGAUACGGCCAUCUGAUGAUCAUGGCUGAUCAGGAUCACGAUGGCAGUCACAUCAAGGGUCUUCUCAUCAACUUCCUUCAAGUUCAAUUUCCAUCUCUUCUGAAGGUUCCCGACUUCUUCCGAGAGUUCAUCACUCCCAUCGUCAAGGUCUGGCAGGGCCCCAACCCAAAGAAGCCGCUUCGCCUCAAGUCUUUCUUCACACAACCCGAGUACGAGGAGUGGAAAGAAGACCACAAAGAUGAAAUGGGCCGGUGGCACUCCAAGUACUUCAAGGGUUUGGGAACAAGCUCCAACGAGGACGCCCAAGUCUACUUCACCAACCUAGAUGAUCACUUGAAAGAGUUCGAGGUGAUGAAGCCCGAAGAAGCAGAUCUCCUGGACUUGGCUUUUUCCAAGAAGAAGGCGGAUGCUCGAAAGGAGUGGUUGGGCAACUUUGUACCCGGCACCUUCUUGGAUCAUUCGACAAAGUCCAUCAGCUACUCAGACUUUAUCAACAGGGAGCUGAUCCUUUUCAGCAUGGCUGACAACAUGCGAUCGAUCCCUUCGGUCCUGGAUGGUUUCAAGCCUGGUCAGCGCAAGGUGAUCUACGCUUGCUUCAAGAGAAACCUAGUCAAGGACAAGAAAGUCGUUGAAUUGGCUGGUUAUGUGUCUGAACAGACAGCAUACCACCACGGUGAGCAAUCUCUCCAGCAGACCAUCAUUGGUCUGGCCCAGAACUUUGUGGGAUCCAACAACAUCAACUGCCUGGAGCCGAGUGGAAACUUCGGUUCUCGACUCGCCGGCGGUUCGGAUGCUGCUAGUCCCCGUUAUACCUUUACUCGACUCUCUCCAUUUGCUCGCAAGAUCUUCUCGGCCAUGGAUGAGCCCAACCUGCAGCAUCAACACGAAGAUGGCAAGAAGAUCGAGCCAGUGGCGUAUGCACCCAUCAUUCCUAUGGUCUUGGUGAACGGCGCCGACGGUAUCGGAACAGGCUGGAGCACGUCCAUUCCCAACUACCACCCAGAAGACAUCGUCAGGAACCUGAAGCGACGAAUGGGUCGCCUCGACGAAAAGGAUGGAGAGGAGCAGCCAUUCGAGACCAUGAUGCCCUGGUUCCGCGGAUGGAAGGGCCAGCCUGAGGCUGCUGGACCCGAUCGCUACAAGUUCAACGGUGUCGCCCAGCAAAACGAGCGAAACCCCAAUGAAAUUACCAUCACCGAGUUGCCCAUCCGAGUGUGGACAGACGACUUCAAGGCGCGACUGGAGAAGAUCAUCAGCGGCAAUGAUGGCCCGGCGUGGAUCAAGGACUACAAAGAGUUCAACGACCACAGCGUUGUCCACUUCGAGGUGAUGAUGGACGAGAAGCACACCGAGAAGGUUCUGGAAGAAGGAAUUCUUGAGCGGUUCAAGUUGCUCAAGCAGGUGGCCACCUCCAACUUGGUUGCAUUCGACUCCAGGGGUCAAAUUCGCAAGUACGAGAAGGUAGAGGACAUCUUGGAGGAGUACUACCACUAUCGAUUCGACAUGUACACGGAGCGAAAGAAAUAUUGGUUGGGUGUCUACCACGCCGAUUACCGCAAGCUGAAGAACCAGGCUCGGUUCAUCAAGGAGAUCAUCGACGGUGAACUCAUUGUUGGCAAAAAGAAGAAGACUGUACUCGUCCAGGAGCUUCGAGACCGCAAAUAUGAAGCCUUCCCUCGUGGCGGCGACAAGAAGAAGACGGCCGAUGAGGAGGAGGACGAUGCAGACGACAACCAAGACGUGGAGGCAGACACAGACGGUGGUGCCCGGGAUUACGACUAUCUCCUUUCGAUGCCCAUUUGGUCUCUCACGGCUGAGCGCCUCGAGAAGCUCAAGGAUGCUAUUGAGAAGAAGAAGGCCGAGCACGACGACCUUCUCGCCCUGAGUGAGAAGGAUCUCUGGUGCAGGGACCUUGAUGAGUUCUCAGCCGAAUGGGAUAAUCAGCUUGCGCUCGAUGCCGAACUAAAGACUAACAUUCGUCGCAUGGGCCGCCGCGUCUCCAAGAAGAUCGGAGCUGGCCCCGCCGGUCGUGGGCGAAAGGCCAAGGAUGAUGAUGACUACGAUCCCGGCAAGAAGAGCCGUGGAAGACCAAAGGCGGCGGCGGCCAAGGCAGCACCAGUCAAGGUUGAGACGAAGAGUGCUCAACGGUUUGCCGAGAUGUUCAGCGCAAAGCCAAAGGUCAAGAAGGAAGCAAGCGCCGACCCUAUGGAGGUUUCGGACAACUUCUCUGAUGACGACUAUGCGGCUCUCAGCCGGAGCAAGCCAGCAGCCAAGGCUGGCCCAUCAUCACCCGAGGCGCCGGACACCGGACGCGUCAGACGAGUCGCCGCAUCUAGGGCCAAGGCGAUCAUUGACGACGAUUCUGAGAGUGACGACGAUCAGAUGCUUGGCGAUGUUGGCGCUCUGGUCAAGGGCAUCGGCAAGUCAGCUGGGGACUCGGACAGAGGCAGGUUUAGUCUGCAUGCCAUGAGCCGACCAGACUCCAGCCAGGGCAAUGGCAGCAUCACGGGGCUCUCCAAGCCAAAGGUCAAGUCAGCCAAGGCCUUUGACUUUGACGAUGACAGCCCGGAUGAUACAAACUACGAGAUGCUUGCCAAAUCCUCGCCACACAAGACGGCAACGGCAACGGCAGCCAAGGAGGAUCACAUCGACAGUUUCCUGUCAGAUGACGAACCCGUUGCUGGGCCAUCCAAGACAGCGGCAGCAUCUCGACCAAGGCCCGCCAGCCCUGAGGAGUCUGCGUUACCCGCAGGCCUGUCUUUGGUGAAGAAGGGACGUGGCCGGCCUGCUGGUUCAAAGAACAAGGCCAAGGACGACGCGAAGCCCAAGGCUACCGCCAAGACUGCUACCAAGGCUGGUGCUAAGACUGCCACCAAGACGGCUGCCAGGGCUGUAUCCAAGACAGCUACGAAGCAGACGACGUUGUCUCCAGCGGCUAAGGCGUACGCUGCCAAGAAGGCAGUCAAGAAGUCGGUCCUGGAUGACGACUCUGACGAGGAGAUGGCGGAGCCGGACUCGCCUCCUGUCAAGGCGUCGAGAGCACGCCCCGGCCGGGCUGCAGCUUCGAGACGGCCUGUUGUAAUUGACGAUGAUUCUUCAGUCUCGCAACCGGAUGAAGAGAGCGAUGAUCCUUUCGAGGUGGAUGACGACGAAGACUAG